AUGGUAGGGCGCGAUGGCGGCGUGGGGCGUGGCCUGGUGACGGGGCGUGGCGAGUCCAAGAGGGCGGGGCCUGGUGUCGGGGCGCGAUGGCGGCAUGGGGCGUGGCCUGGUGAUGGGCGUGGCGACUCCAGGGGGCGUGGCCUGGUGGCGGGGCGCGAUGGCGGCACGGGGCGUGGCCUGGCGACGGGGCGUGGCGAGUCCAGGGGGGCGGGGCCUGGCGGCGGGGCGGGGCCGGCGGCUCGGGGCGCGAUGGCGGCGGCGGCUGCGGCGGGGGCCGACGGGGACUGGCAGGACUUCUACGAGUUCCGGGAGCCGGCCCGCGGCGCGCAGGAGCGGGAGAGCCGCACCGCGAGCCCCGAGGCCGGCGCGGGCGCGGCCGGCGGCUUCCCGGCGCUGGCGUGCAGCCUGCAGGAGAAGCUGAGCGAGUGCUUCCGGCCGUCGGGCCCGGUCGCCGAGCCCCCGCCGAGGACCGUGCGGCCCCUCACCGAGCGCGGCCUCCUGCGCGGCGACGAGAUUUGGAAUGCCCUGACAGAUAAUUAUGGAAAUGUAAUGCCUGUAGACUGGAAGUCAUCCCACACGAGGGCCUUGCACUUGCUAACUCUGAACCUCUCAGAGAAAGAGGUGAGUGAUGGCUUGCUCUUUGAUGCCUCAGAUGAAGAGGAGCUGAGAGAGCAGUUGGACAUGCAUUCCAUCAUUGUCUCCUGCGUGCACGAGGAGCCGCUGCUCACUGCAGACCAGGUUAUUGAAGAAAUUGAAGAAAUGAUGCAGGAAUCACCGGACCCCGAAGAGGACGAAACCCCCAGGCAGUCAGGCCGUCUUUCCAUGCUGUCGCAGGAGGUCCAAACCCUGAAGAGGUCGAGCACGAGCAGCCACGAAGAGAGAGUGAAGAGGCUGUCGGUGUCCGAGCUGAACGAGCUGCUGGAGGGCAUUGAGGCGGCCACGAAGGGGUACUCGGAGGAGCUGGUGCAGCAGUUGGCGCUGCGAGACGAGCUGGAGUUCGAGAAGGAAGUGAAAAACAGCUUCAUUUCCGUCCUCAUCGAGGUGCAGAACAAACAGAAGGAGCACAAGGAAACCGCCAAGAAGAGGAGGCCGAGGAGCAGCAGCUCUCAGAACGGGAAGAGCGAGAGAAGCCACGUGCCGGGCACACGCUUCAGCAUGGAAGGCAUCUCGCAUGUCAUUCAGCACGGCCUCCGCCACACCUUUGGAAACUCAGGUGGAGAGAAACAGUAUUUGACAACAGUCAUCCCUUAUGAGAAGAAAAAUGGACCACCCUCUGUUGAAGAUCUCCAGAUACUAACCAAAAUUCUUCGUGCCAUGAAGGAGGACAGUGAGAAGGUUCCAAGUUUAUUGACUGACUAUAUUCUGAAAGUUUUGUGUCCUACAUAGAGCAGGAUUAAGAGCGGUGAGCCUCACCGUCUGUGGACCUGAGCUUCCCGUCCUCUGGCAUUUGGCUGAACGUUGGCAGUUACAGCCUUCCUGCUACUGGAAACGCAGCAGCACACUUGAACUUGGGUUUGCGAUUCAGUAUUAAUGCAUCAUGAUGUCACUAAUCUUGUCAUAUUGUAGAAUCGAAAGAACUGCUUGGCCACUUGAAUUUUGGAGAUGAUUUUUGGUAAAUGUAACCAUUAUGAGCUGUUUCCUAAAGUGGCUGAGUCAAGGCGAAGAAUGGUGUAUGUGCGUGUGUGCAGUUUUAAUCAGUGGUAUGCCCGUUUGAGUUUCUUAGGGUUUGCUUCGUCCAGAUUGCACUGAAGAGCUAUCACUGGGCGAUUCCUGCUGUCAGUGGUCUUCGGUGCUGGCAAGACCCUGCCCCAACUCUUGCAGGGGCUUCUGUCACCUACCAGUAUUGCUCGGACAGCGUGAGAUGCACACGUGUGGGGAGUCGUGAAGUGGAGCCCCACGCUCAGCUUGACCUUGGGCUGUGAACUUGGAAUGCUGAAGGAGAGAACGGGUUUUGUAGUGUGCUGCUUGUUUGACCAUCGUUCACGCUUUAACCAUUAGGACACCACCUUCAGAACCUCUCAGCACUUGGAAGGUGUGUUCCAUGUGCAGAAGCGAACUCUGAAAGGGGUUUGUAUCCUCUAAGGUGCUUUAUGAACUAUUGCCUCUGCCUGUUCCCACAGCUGGCCUUCAUGUUACUCACCCGUGUUUCCUAGAGUGCUCAUUGCACAUACAGCUACUCACGGAUUCCACACUAAUCACGAUCGCCUUGCCAGCUCCGGUCACGUCCACGGCACUGAAUAAACACAAAAAAUGUACACUCAA